AUGCCACCCUCCGAGUACUUGGGGCAUAGCACGCUUAUCAGGUACAUAAGCUAUAACCUCAUUGCGAGGCCACCUGCGCCGCGGAUAUACACGUUUUCGUCAUGGAGCAAUGAUUCUAUGUUCUUGCUGCCGUCGCGAGACGUCGACCGCACGCUCACUCCAAUCUACAAUAUAACCGUCGCGCUCAAUCUGAACCCCUUCGUACCGCUGUCAUAUGUGACAACAGUACGACGAGGUAUGGACGAGCAGGGGGAAUUGAUCGGCGAGUUCGAAUUAGCCGUUAUGCACAGUCGUGCGAUUUUGAAGAUGGGCAACCACUCCACACGGAUGUCAAACGUCUUGAAAAAAGAUGGACACUCUUCGCGAAAAUUUGUCUGGGUUUACGGCGAUGUCGAACUGCGAUGGGAUUGUCGUACUACUCUAGAAGACGGCUCGCCCAUGUGCAUAUGCACAGACAGAGGGUCGCACCAAGUGGCAUCGUUCGUUCCGCCGCCCCUGGAAGCGUCGCCGCCACCGCCCGCCGCGACGUUGACAGUCUUCCCAGAUGGACACGAGCUGUUCGACCACAUCCUGUUAUCUGCGCUGGUUAUAGAACGCAAAAUGACGCUUUCGUUCUGA